CUCUUGCGCGCUGACGUCACGCGGACGCACGGCCACGCCGACUCCUCCCACAAGCCCGAGAGUCCAGUUUCCGGCGGGAGUGCGGAGGUCUGAGCGUGGGUGAGGCCGCGGCUUUCUCUGUCCGGUACCCGCUAGCAUGCCUCACCUGGAAAACGUGGUGCUUUGUCGCGAGUCCCAAGUGUCCACCUUGCAGUCCCUGUUUGGAGAGAGACAUCAUUUCAGCUUUCCGUCCAUUUUUAUUUAUGGACAUACUGCCAGUGGAAAGACCUAUGUAACACAAACUUUGUUGAACACUUUAGAGCUUCCACAUGUCUUUGUGAAUUGUGUUGAAUGCUUUACCUUGAGGCUGCUUUUGGAACAAAUUUUAAACAAGCUGAGUCAUCUUAGUUCUUCAGAGGGUGAAUGUUCUACUCAAAUAACCUGUGAAACAUUUAAUGACUUCGUUCGCUUAUUUAAACAAAUAACCAAAGCUGAAAGUCUCAAGGAUCAGACUGUAUAUAUUGUUCUCGAUAAAGCAGAGUAUCUAAGAGAUAUGGAAGCAUAUCUUUUACCUGGAUUUCUUAGGUUACAAGAAUUGACUGACAGAAAUGUGACUGUUAUCUUUCUCAGCGAGAUUGUUUGGGAAAAGUUUCGUCCAAAUACUGGAUGCUUUGAGCCAUUUGUCUUAUAUUUCCCUGAUUAUAGCAUAGGUAACCUUCAAAAGAUUCUAUCCCAUGAUCAUCCUCCGGAGUAUUCGGCUGAUUUCUAUGCUGCCUACAUUAACAUUCUUCUUGGAGUUUUCUACACCGUCUGUCGAGAUUUGAAGGAGCUCCGACAUCUGGCAGUACUUAAUUUUCCUAAAUAUUGUGAACCUGUUGUUAAAGGAGAAGCAAGUGAACGUGAUACUCGCAAACUCUGGAGAAAUAUUGAACCUCAUUUGAAAAAAGCCAUGCAGACUGUUUAUCUCAGGGAAAUAUCAAGUUCACAAUGGGAAAAACUACAGAAAGAUGACACAGAUCCAGGACAACUGAAAGGUCUCUCGGCAUAUACUCACGUGGAACUUCCAUAUUACUCUAAGUUUAUUCUCAUUGCUGCGUACCUCGCUUCUUAUAAUCCAGCAAGAACUGACAAAAGGUUUUUCCUUAAGCAUCAUGGGAAAAUCAAGAAAACCAACUUUCUAAAGAAACACGAAAAGACAAGCAAUCAUCUCCUCGGACCAAAAUCGUUUCCACUAGACAGAUUACUAGCAAUAUUAUAUAGUAUUGUGGAUAGCAGAGUUGCUCCAACAGCAAAUAUCUUCUCCCAGAUUACCUCUUUAGUGACUCUUCAGCUAUUAACCCUGGUUGGCCAUGACGAUCAGCUUGAUGGACCAAAAUACAAAUGCACAGUAUCUCUAGACUUCAUCAGAGCUAUUGCUAGGACGGUGAACUUUGACAUAAUAAAAUACUUGUAUGAUUUCUUGUGAAAACAAGCUUCAAAGCCAUAUGGACACUGUGACAAUGACUAAGCCAAGCUGUGUUCAUCCAGCUACUCAGUUGGCCAGGGAGAGGAGUUCUUUGGCUCUAUUGGAUUUGUCCAGACAGGUGCUGGCCCAGCAUGGAAUCUGAUGAAAAUACUCUGAUUGGUCUGGGUGAAUGUGAGCAGAAGACUAUUUACCAGGGACCCUGGAGUAUUUGGAAGGAACGUGUUAAUUAUAAACAGCAGGGUUUGAGCACAAUCUGUUCUACUCUUAAUGAUGUUAUCUUAACACUGAAAUUGCCUGAAACCCAUUUACUUAGGACUACAUUUUACUCUGUGAACUAUCCCCUGCACUUUGAACGUGCCAGCAGCCCUUGUAUAUAAGCCCAGUCUUCUCACUUCCUCUCCACAGGAGCCUCUGCAGUUGCUUGCCAAAGCAGAUUUUCCUAAGGCCACCACUUUAAAAAAACAUAGUUGCAAAAUAUAAUAAGUAGAAGUUUUUUGGUUUUUUUUAAGAUCCAAGCUUGUAUAUGCUUAGCUUUCACCCUGAUUUUCUCAAAAGGCAAGGUAGUUUGAUCAGAUAUAGGGCAGCUUUCCACCUCUAAGCCUACUUGAUAACUGAAGUAUGCUUAGGUGAGGUUUAUCUGGUCACUUUUGCAAUUAACUACCCAACAUAGCUUUUUAAUCGGCAUGAUGGUUUUCUUUCCUUUUUUUUGAUCAUUGGCCUUUAAUAGUUCCACAAUAAAAUUUUUUCCUGUUAUAUCAGUUAUGAA